UCGCGAUAACGAAUACGAUUAUUUAUUUGACCGAAUCGAGCCUGCAGCAACAGUAUCUUUCUCGUUAUCACAAUGAACGGACGCGCGGCAGUCGUGUUUAGUUUAAUUUGGUUGGUGUCCUUCGGUGAAGGUGCCAAAAUCCUGACAAUCAUGCCUUUGGGAGGCAAAUCGCACGACAUCAUUGGAGCAGCAUUCGCGAAAACGUUGGCAGAAGCGGGCCACGACUUGACCGUCAUCACGGCUUACCCAAUGAAAAAUCCACCGGAGAACUACCGGCAAAUUGUACUGACUGGAAUGUUGGAAAAGGCAGAUAAUCAAAGCAUGAACAUGUUCGAACUUCACGGUGGACUCAUAUCGUCAAUGAUGCUACUGGCUUUCUUGUACCAAGCAUUACCAGCCAUGCUGUACGAGGCUGCCAUGCAACAUCCGAACGUUGAAAAACUUUCCAGCUCAAAUGAGAAGUUCGAUCUUGUCAUACUGGAAUCAUUUUUGGCUGAAUCGUUCUAUGGAUUUGCACAGCAUUUUGAUGCACAAUUGAUUACCUUUUCUGCAUUUGGAAAUUCAUUGUGGACUAAUCAUCUUGUCGCAGCACCCGGUCCAGCUUCCCACGAAGCACAUUUUCUGCUUCAUUAUACUGAUCGCAUGACAUUUUCGGAACGCUUUGUCAAUGCGUUGGUCACUCUGAUUGACGCGGUCUUUUACAACUGGAUUUAUCUACCAACACAAAAGGAUUUCUACAAUCAAGCAUUUCCGAAUGCGAAACAGACAUUCGAGGAACAGAUGAGAAAUGUUUCGCUAGUGUUCUUGAAUCAACAUUUUGUAUUAAGCAGCCCGAGGCCAUACCCACCGAACAUGAUAGAAGUCGGUGGACUCCAAAUAGAAGAACCAAAACCACUACCGAAGGAUCUGCAACAAUAUCUGGAUGAAGCCACCGAUGGAGUGAUCUAUUUCUGUAUGGGAUCCAAUUUGAAAUCUACGGAGAUUUCUGUUGAAAAACGGGAAGCAUUUUUGAAGGCGUUUUCCAAAUUGAAACAACGUGUCCUGUGGAAAUUUGAAGAUGAUUCGAUUCCGAAUCAACCGGCGAAUUUAAUGAUCAAAGCAUGGAUGCCUCAAAAUGACAUCCUUGCCCAUCCCAAUGUGAAACUGUUCAUCACCCACGGAGGCAACUUGGGAACUACGGAGUCUUUGUAUCACGGAAAACCGAUGGUUGGAGUCCCGAUUUUCGGUGAUCAAAUGAUGAACGUUGAAAAGUCCGUUCGAGCGGGUUAUGCCGUGCUGUUGAAAUGCUCCGAUAUUAGCGAAUCUUCGGUUUCCCAAGCUAUCAACACAGUUCUAAAUGAUCCAAAGUACGCAAAAAAUGCCAAGCUAACUUCGGAACGAUUUCGGGAUAAACCAAUGACACCGAAACAAAGUGUCGUCUACUGGGUUGAAUAUAUAUUGCGGCAUGGAGGAGCACCGCAGCUUCGAUCACCCGCUAUGGAACUGUCCUAUCUGCAGUAUCAUUCAGUUGACGUUUUAGCUGUGCUAUUGCUUAUUUUAAUAGCGAGUUCAGUCAUUAGCUUGUACAUACUCAAGAAAAUCUAUCGAACGAUUUUCAGAUCUAAAGUUACCAAAGGUAAGAAAAAGCGAGAGUAGAGCUGUUUUAGCUUUGACACAUUUCUAGAAAUUACGACAAACCAUUUCAAGAUCGAGGAAGAACAAGUAUUUUAUUGUAAUAUUGUUUCAGUUCUAUUAAUGUUGAAUAGUGCGUUAGAAAAUUUUGUUGUUUUUUAGGAAUCGUACUUUAUACCAUAACAUUUUUAUUUAAAAAUUUGUUAAAAAAAGCAAACUUUACAGCUUUAUAAAUACAGUGCCAUCGUCAAAUUCGUGCAAUUA